UCCUAAGGGGACUACAGUAACACGUAGGGAGAUAAUGUAUGUCAACACAGGGCCAGGCAGAGGCAGCAAGACCAAUAAGAGCAGAACUUCCAUGAUUAGAGGGGGGGCCCCAGUAUCACAAACCGUUCUCUGUUCCGUAUCCCUCAGCUACUGAGCUGACCCACAGCUAACAGCUCACAUGUGCACAUCUUAUGAGCCUGUUUUCACUUCCCCUCCACAGACCCUAACCCUAUCCAGGUUUGGGAGAGGAAAAGCAGGGUCCAGGUGUCUAUAGACUGUUCUGUCGCUGUGAAGAGACACCAUGACCAAGGCAGCUCUUAUGAAAGAAAACAUUUAAGUCUAAGCUUGUUUACAGUUUCAGAGGGCUAGUUUAUUAACAUCAUAGUGGGGAGCAUGGCAGGACCAAGGCAUCAUGCUGGCACUAGAGCAGUAGCUGAGAGCCCCAUCUUGAUCUGUAGGUAGCAGACAGGCACAUACUGGGCCUGGUUUGGGUGUUUGAAACCUCAAAGCUGCAGGGCAGUGGUGGCGCACGCCUUUAAUCCCAGCAUUUGGAAGGCAGAGGCAGGUGGAUUUCUGAGUUUGAGGCCAGCCUGGUCUCCAUAGAGUGAGUUCCAGGACAGCCAGGGCUACACAGAGAAACCCUGUCUCGAAAAACAAAAACAAACAACAAACAAAAAACUCAAAGCCUGACCCCAGAGAUACAUUUCCUUUAAUAAGGCCACACCCAUUCCAAUAUGGCUCCAGCUCCUAGUCCUUCUAAUCCUUUUAAACAGUUCCACUCUCUGGUGAUUAAGUAUUCAAAUAUAUAGAGGCCAUUUUUCCCCCCCAGGCAGAGUUUCUCAGUACAGCUCUAGCUUUCCUGAAACUAGCUCUGUAGACCAGGCUGACCUUGAACUCACAGAGAUAUGAAGUGGAAACUUAAGGGUUCUUUGGAAAGUUGGUUUGAUGGUGUUUUGCUGGGGCAAACAUAUGAAGGAAUGUUUAGCUGAGGUGAACACAGGUCAACGAACAACUAAGGCUGACUUGAUUUCAAGAUUUCACUGAAGCAGGUAGGAGGAUGUUCUGCUAAAGCAAACAUGUAAAAGGGCACGUGAUGAAGGAUUCUUUGCUAACAACACGCAUGUAUUAGUCCACCUUACAUUGCGUAAUUGACCUGCAUUUGUCGGGACUCUAUAGAGAGAAACACACCAAAAAAACCUUCUGGUAGCAUGCUAGACUCUGGCUGAUUGGCAGAGUGAUGUCAGCUGAGACAGACGAACAUGCUGAGGCAAGACUGGUGGAGGACAUGUGAUGUUUGGAGGGGAUAAACAGGACUCGAUGGACAGUGACGGAGGCUGAGCAUGACUUGCUUAUCGAGCUAGCCGUGUGACACUUGUGGGUCUCAGGUCUUCCCUGAUCUUUGCUUCCCUGAGACACAGCUGAGAACUUCUCCUGGCAUCCCUCAGGGUCCCUCCUAAUGACUCGAGCCAAGGCUGAGGUCUGCCUGUCUCUGCUAGAUAGUGCCACCGCUGCUGAUUCGUGUUUGCUAUCCCGACUCUACCAAACUAGACUGCUGGUGUAUCCAUGAGGUAUGUGUGAGUGGAUGGAGCUGCCGCUGCUAACCAGUGAACUCAGCUGCCGAUUUCCAGACAACACAGAUGAGAGUUGCUCCAAAGAACCUUUCUAAACAGGUCCAAAUUCCUGCCCCGAAUCCUUUCUUUCCCACUAUCUCUGGUGGGUAGUGGGCUAAAAGGAACGUUAAAGUGUUUAAGAACCAUCAUUAAAAAUCGGUUUUGGGGCUGGAGAGAUGGCUUAGCGGUUAAGAGCACCGACUGCUCUUCCAAAGGUCCUGAGUUCAAAUCCCAGCAACCACAUGGUGGCUCACAACCAUCCUAACAAGAUCUGACUCCCUCUUCUAGAGUGUCUGAAGACAGCUACAGUGUACUUACAUAUAAUAAAUAAAUAAAUCUUUAAAAAAAUCGUUUUGAAACAAUUAAAGUUACAGAGAUCCAUCAACCUCUGCCUCUCAAGGGCUGGGAUUAAAAGUGUGUGCUACCACCACUCAUCCAUGGAUGCCAUUCAUAUUCAAACCACGAUCCUGGAUAAGGUCAAAAGCUGGAGUUGAGCUAGUGGCACAAACCUUUAAUUCCAGCAUUUGGGAAGCAGAGGCAAGGAGUUCUUUGUGAGUUCAAAGUUAGUCUAGAAAAGCACUCUAAGGCUUUGUAUUUUUUUAAUUUAAUUAAAUUUAUUUAUUUAUUGGUUUUUCAAGACAGGGUUUCUCUGUGUAGCCCUGGCUGUCCUGGAACUCACUCUGUAGAUCAGGCUGGCCUCGAACUCAGAAAUCCGCCUGCCUCUGCCUCCUAAGUGCUGGGAUUAAAGGUGUGUGCCACCACCACCCAGCUUAUUUUAUUUUUUGAGACAGAUUCUUGUUAUGUAGCUCUGGCUGAUCUGGAACUCAAUGUAUAGACCAGCCUGGUCUCAAACUCACAGAGACUCACCUGACUCUGCCUCCUGAGUGCUGGGAUUAAAUGUGUGGGCCAUACCUGGCUUUAUUUUUUCGUUUUUUUAGACCAGGUCUCACAGAGACUCUAAACUGGCUUUGAACUUACUCUCUAGCCCAGACAAGCCCUAGACUUUGAACUUUCCUGUUUCAGUUUCUUUAGUAGCUGGGAUUCCAGUUGUCUGCCACCAGGCUUGGCUUCCGUAGCUGUUAAAUGGCCAUACACCAGACCCUCUUGAGGGUGUGUCAUCAGCCAGCCAGUCAGCAGGUGUUGACAGAGGCUGAGUCACAUGCUGGGCCUUGGUGGUUUGGGCAAUCCACAGGAAGCAGGCAUUAUUUGCAGCCAACAAAGCGGUAGCCAAAGUGGAUUCGAAAGGCUAGUCCCCCUCUCUAGUCCCCUCCUGGAUUUACCAGUGGUGGAGAACCCGGACUUCAGAACUGGGCAGCCUUACAAAGCCUCCAGACCACCACUGCUUCCCUGUGGAGAGCUGAGGGCCCAUGACUCUGAGGAAGUGACUGGAAGAUGUCAGGGCUCUGGUUGGGGCCAGAGGUGACAACAUCACAGGAAACCCUGCUAAAGCCUCUCUGCCCACAGGAUGUGACUUAGGGAGGGCUCAUGAGAAACAGGCACCAGCUACGGCUUAAAACUCCACAUAAGCCCUGCAAAGUCCUCGGCCCUCAGUGCUACUGUUACCUGCCACACCUCCUCACCCCCCCCCCACUACUCCUCACACACACCCCCGGGGGCAGUGAGUGCCAGGUGAGAUCACUCCCAAGUUUUGUCACGCUUUCAUGCUGAGCCCAGAUUGGGAGGGGCCUUGACAUAGGAGGACUGUUGGGAGUUUAUGCCAAACUUACCUGGUUCAAAGCUAGUGUGGCCACUGACUGGCAGUGUGACCAUGGCCCAGUCAUCUCACCUCUGAGUGUCAGGGUCGUUAUGUACAGUGGAGGGAAGAGCAGUGCUCCGUGAAUAACUGAUAAUAGAAAUAACUCCUGUGCAGGGCUAAAGGGAGGACUUAGCCACAUCCUGUCAUCAUAAUUAAUGCACGUACUCUCUCCUUACCCCUGGUGGCAUCCCCCCACCACCACUUCUUGUUUCAGGUAAGCAGUGUAUCCAGGAAGGUAGGCUCUGGGUCAUAUGGCUUGAUCUCCUUUAAAGCCCUGGCUCUAUGGAGGGUCUUGAAAAAUCUUGCUGCCAGGACCCUUCUCAUAGUAGGUACUCUGGGGCUCCAGGGUCCCCGAAACCAGUCCUCCUUCCAAGAAUCUUCAAGCCCAGACAAUGUGGGAUAAACCUGGAAAGCACUGCUGGACACAGUGAUACGGUGAGUUGGGAGGGAUGCCUGGAGUUCAAAGGUCAGCCUAGACUACUGUGUGAGCACCAGACCAGCCACGACUUGUCUCCAUCAAACAAGAGGGGGAAGCAAACGGGAAGCCUGCAGCUGACCCUGGAGAGUGGGGUGGCAACUCUGAAGACAGGAGGGAUUGGGAAACUGAAACAGAAGGGAGCUUGUAGGACCACAGACCAGGAGGUAAACGCUGGAAAAAUCGGCCAUGAUCAGCUCAGAAUUUCAAGACAGUAGAGGAAGACAGAACAGACUUCAGACUCUCCUCUCUGUCUCUCUGUGUUAUUGUUGUUUUUCCUGGCUGUCCUGGAACUGGCUCUGUAGACCAGGCUGGCCUGGAACUCAGAAAUCCAUCUGCCUCUGCCAAGUGCUGGGAUUAAAGGCGUGCGCCAUCAAGGCCCGGCUCACGCCCAUUUCAAAAGCAUCAGGAGUGCCGGCUCAAUGUUAACAGUUUUGGGGAUGAUUGACUCUGGACAGACCAGCUUUGGCGCGGCUCUGUGAAGGAAGGUUGUAGUAGAUCCAUCCUGACAACACAAGAUCCAAGGGUUUAGGCCUGAGCGUUGAUCGCUCACCGCCCACAGUGUCGCCGCGCCCCCUGGCGGCCGUCAGUUGCCAUGUCAACGGCGGGUGGCUGAGACGACGGAGGCGGCAGCGGGGGCAGUUCUCUCUUCCCCUGGCCUCAAGGCCGCUCCCACGGCACCUCCUGCCUUCGCCUCACCGGGAGCACACUCCCGGUCCUGGAAGAAGGGCCAUUCUGUAGCAGCUGGCAUUCGGGGGAUAAACUGAGGCACGCAGGAGGGAGCCGCAGGCAGGUGUCUAGUGCGGAGCCCCACCUCCAAAGGCAGAGGAGGGGCUGCGAGCAGUGACGCGCCGAGGGCGGACGCUGGACUGGGAGCGGGAGGGCGGGAGGCGGCGGCGGCAGGUGCGGCUGCGAAGGGUGGGAGGAGGAGGGAGGGGGUGGGCGGAGGGGGAGGGGAGGCCAGGACGGGCACCUCCCCCUUUAUAACGCGCCCCCUCCCGGGCUUUCGGGCCGCCUCCUCGUCUGCUCUGCCUAUCUCGCCCCCUUGCCCUGCCGCCCCGGGCCGGGCUUGGCCAGGGAGCCUCCGCCCCCAGGCCUUCCCCCCACCACCACCCGCCGCCCCGCGCAGCCCGGCGGAGGCGGCGCCGUCGGAGGAGGAGGAGCAGGGCACUGCGGCUGGCCCCGGAUCGGGAGCCAGAGCGGCAGCAGCUUCGGCAGCAGCACGGCCCGGGCCAAUGCAGCGGGACGCACCGCCGCGAGCCCCAGCCCCAGCGCCACGGCUUCCUGCGCCCCCGAUCGGGGCCGCCAACAGCGCUGGCGGCGGCGGCGGAGGCGGGGGCAGUGGCGGCGGCGGAGGCUCCUCUGCAGCUCCGGCUCCCCCUGGCCUCCCGGGAACUACAAGUCCCAGGGGGCCUGGCGGCGGGCGGAGACCGGAAGAGGCGGGCUCGGCACCUCGAGGCCGGAAGUGGCCGUGGAGGCGGAAGUGGCGCGGCCGCGGAGGGGCCUGGAGUGUGGCGGGACCGGGAGCGGCGGGAGCUGCGGCUGGGGGCGGCGGCGGCGGCGGCGGCGGAGGCGCGCUGGAGGUGGCCAUGGCCAAGCAGUACGACUCGGUGGAAUGCCCGUUCUGCGAUGAGGUCACCAAGUACGAGAAACUUGCCAAGAUCGGCCAAGGCACAUUCGGGGAAGUCUUUAAAGCCAAGCACCGUCAGACGGGCCAGAAGGUGGCUCUGAAGAAAGUGUUGAUGGAGAAUGAGAAGGAGGGGGAGCUCAACUAAGCAGUCUGGCCUUGAACUUGGUGGUUCUGAUGUCUCUGUCUCCUGAUACGAGAAUUGGAUUCCAGAUAGGAACCAUCACACAGGAACGAUUCUCUCGCCUGUCUUUCAACCUCUGUCCCUCAGUAUAGACCCCAAACACACCCCCACCCCACCCACAGUUCCUCCGUCUGUUGUGCUCUCAAUUUUGACCACUUCCUCUUUCUCCUCCCUAGUUCCCCAUCACAGCCUUGAGGGAAAUCAAGAUUCUACAGCUCCUAAAACAUGAGAAUGUGGUGAACCUAAUUGAGAUUUGUCGGACCAAAGCCUCACCGUAUAACCGCUGCAAGGGCAGCAUCUAUCUGGUGUUUGACUUCUGUGAGCAUGACCUUGCUGGGCUGCUGAGCAACGUCUUAGUCAAGUUCACGUUGUCUGAGAUCAAGAGAGUGAUGCAGAUGCUGCUGAACGGCCUCUACUACAUCCACAGGAACAAGAUCCUGCACAGGGACAUGAAGGCUGCGAAUGUGCUCAUUACCCGGGAUGGGGUCCUGAAGCUGGCAGAUUUUGGGCUGGCCCGUGCCUUCAGCCUAGCUAAGAAUAGCCAGCCCAACCGAUACACCAACCGUGUGGUGACAUUGUGGUACCGGCCUCCGGAGCUGCUGCUCGGAGAGCGGGACUACGGCCCGCCCAUUGACCUUUGGGGUGCUGGGUGCAUCAUGGCAGAGAUGUGGACUCGUAGCCCUAUCAUGCAGGGUAACACAGAGCAGCACCAGCUCGCCCUCAUCAGCCAGCUCUGUGGCUCCAUCACCCCAGAGGUGUGGCCAAACGUAGACAAGUAUGAGCUGUUUGAAAAGCUGGAACUUGUGAAGGGCCAGAAGCGGAAGGUGAAGGACCGUCUGAAGGCCUACGUGCGCGACCCCUAUGCUCUGGACCUCAUUGACAAGCUGCUGGUGCUGGACCCCGCGCAGCGGAUUGACAGUGACGAUGCCCUCAACCACGACUUCUUCUGGUCGGACCCCAUGCCCUCGGACCUCAAGGGCAUGCUGUCUACUCACUUGACGUCUAUGUUUGAGUACCUGGCACCGCCACGGCGGAAGGGCAGCCAGAUCACCCAGCAGUCCACCAACCAGAGCAGAAAUCCCGCCACCACCAACCAGACGGAAUUUGAACGUGUCUUCUGAGGCCGGAACUGGCCGGUGUUGUUCUUAGGUUAGGAGUGGAUUGCUUCCUUUGCAUGGAACAUGUGACAUGAUGGGACAUUUGAGAUUUUCUCCUCCAGUACAUAUUAACUCCCACCCUGGCACUGGGAACAGCUGCCUGAGUGGGCUGGGGUGGAGCUAUCCUGCCUGCCCCUCUCUGGAGGUCUCAGCGUGGACACAAAGUGAGGUGGGAGAGGCUCACCCACUGUGACUUUCUAAGAACUACUUGCAUGGUGGGAGGAAGGCACAGGUCCCUCGCCAUCGCCAGCUCUUCCUCUGGAUGAGAGUUUGAGGGACAGAGGCGCCUCCAAAAUGGGCUACUUUUGGUCUGGACCUUAGGGGCGUGGGGCUGUGUGAACUCCUGGUUCCUUUAAAAGGAGAAUUUUAUUUUGUUUUGUUAAGUUUAGAGACAUUCCUGGACGCAGUUUGAUUGGUUAAAUUAAAAGUUGGUUAUUUUUUUCCAGUAAA